AUGGCUGCCAACACCUCCAGAAUGACCGAGCUGGCGGCUCGGAUUAGUGAGAAUACCGCCAAAGUUGAUGCCUAUCUACGCAGCCAUGGACUUCCCUCUCCGUCGUUUGAUGAGGACGGGCCUGUCGACUUCGGCAUCAAGGACGAGGAGAUCAAAAAGGCCCAGGAAGAAGUCAUUCAUUACUCCAUGGAACUCCAACGACUUCUCCAAGGCCCGUCACAAUUUUACCACCCCCUCCCAAACAUCAUCAGUCUCCAAGCGAUCUCCAAAUAUGACAUCGCCACCAAAGUUCCCGUCCACGGUCAAAUCUCCUUUGCCGACCUGGCCCAGAAAUGUGGGCUGAGUGAAGUCAAUGUCCGCCGAUUCCUCCGCUACGCCAUGUUCUUCCACAAAGUCUUCUGCGAGCCGCGUCAGGGUUACGUGGCACAUACUGCUGCCUCACGAUUCUUGGCAGAGAACAAAGUCAUCCAAGACGUCUUGUCUCACUAUGCUGAUGAAGCGGGUCCUUCGUUUGCUUUGACACUCCGUGCAAUUGAAGAGUUUAACGGACAAGAAGAGCCAAACCAGACCGGAUGGAACCUCUACCACCAAACCACCGAUUCUCCCUGGGACUACUACAACACACACCCCGAACAAGCCCGACGAUUCUUCAGCACCAUGGCCUACGAGACCGAGAUCGGAGGCCGAUCCAACACCGUCCUAGUCAACAGCUACCCAUGGUCUUCUCUCAAGAACGGAUCCCAAGCCACGGUAGUCGACGUGGGUGGAUCACGAGGUGUGACGGCUACUGCGCUCGCACAAUCCGUACCAAACCUCAAGGUAAUCGUGCAGGAUAUCCCGUCGAUGAUCGAGGGAGCCAAGGAGGAGAUCCCGUCGGAGAUCGCCGACCGAGUCGACUUUGUCGCGCACGACUUUUUCAAGACGCAGCCGAUCCACGCGGACGCAUACAUUAUUCGCCAUGUCUUUCACAACUGGUCGGAUGCGAACACAAUUCGCAUCCUCAAGGCCUUGAUUCCAGCUUUACAUAAGGGAGCUAGGAUUAUCAUCAACGAUUAUAUUGCGCCGCCGCCGGGUGUGCUCUCGCACUUGAAGGAGCAGCGACUUCGGGAGAUGGACAUGUGCAUGUUGACUCUGUGCAAUGCCUACGAACGAGAGUCCCAGGACUGGAAAAAGGUCAUCGAGCAGGCCGACCCUCGCUUCAAGAUUGCACAGAUGUUGGUGCCAAACGAGAGUGAGGGUAUUAUUGAGAUUGUGUGGGAGGGUUGAACAUGAUGACCUCGGCCAAUCACGCCGUCUAAGCCUUUCUAUGUGGGAGGACUGGCUUAUGUGAUAG